AUGGGGCUCCUCUUUGGUCUCAUGCACAACUACUCUGGCUACCCACUGGUCAAGGAGGCGCACAAGCUUGUCAAAGCAGGUAAGUUGGGUCAGUUGCGCAAGGUGGUCAUUACCUACGCCCAGGGAUGGCUCACCAGAGAAGGCAGCAGCAUCACCCACACCUCUGGUCUCUCCUCCCUUGUUCAUGAGCUGGACAACUUCAAUGUCCUGCUUCACUUCAAAGGUGGCACCAAGGGGAGCUCCACUGGCAAAGGGAAUGGCCUGAAGAUUGAGGUCUAUGGCAGUGACGCUGCACUGGAAUGGGCACAAGAGGAGCCCACCCACCUCCUCAUCCAUCCCAGGGACACACCUGAACAGCUGUACAAAGCGGGCAAUGGCUACCUGUCGCAGGCUGCCACAAUCCACAUGCACCUGCCGCCAGGUCAUCCUGAAGGCUACUUGGAAGCGUUCACCAACAUCUAUCUCAACUUUGCCAAUAUGAUUUGUGCCACUGUCCUCAAGGAUGGCUGUAAGGGCAUUCACUUUGUGGAGAAAGUGCUUGAGAGUGGGAAGAAGCAGUCAUGGGUGAAGAUGGAAGCUGUAGCUGAUUUGUAA